AUGAUACCUCGGUGGCUGCUGCUCGUCGUUGGUCUGCUGUUGGCUUUGACCACACAGCCGACCGCGGCAAAGGGGGACAAACCUACGGCCACGGCAACGGAAUUAACCCAUUCUCCAAGAGGCCUGUUCUAUUUCGAAGGGUCUAACACAAUCGUCUUUCAUGACGAAAGCGCCCGCAAUGUCCAUAUCUCUGUCGAUGGCGGUGAGGAGUGGGAAGUGGUCAAGGGCGAGGAUGGAAGCAUACAGGGAAACGCGAUCAUCGUCUUGCCGCACCCAUGGGACAAAAACCGCGCCUACAUCAUUGGCCGAAGCGGCACACACUGGAUCACCACUGACCAGGGUAAGACAUGGAGAUCGUUUGUGAUUAAAGCGCCUCCUAUGGUCUUGCGCAGCGCCAUUCCAUUCAGUUUCAAUGGUUGGGACCCCAGCAAGGUCAUCUUCAUGACCGAAGAGUGCUUCAUCAUUGGGUGUAUGACACAGUCCUUCUAUACAACUGAUGACUUCAAGACCAUUACCCCGCUACGCGAAACAAUCCUGGAGUGUUCUUGGGCUGCGAAUACCCCCCAAUUCGGACAAGACCUCGAUGUGAAGGAAUCCCUGGGAGACCGGAUUCUCUGUGUGGUGCCCGGGCUGCGAUCCGCCGAUCGUUCGGAGCGUCUGGUGUAUUCCGACAGUUUCUUCCGCGAUGACGUGGAAGGUACCGAGGUCAAGCUGAACCGUGGACUGCCUGUCAGUGCCGUGCAGAUCAAGGUUCGCUCGGUCAAGAAGUAUAUCGUUGCAGGUGUUCAAUCAAGGGGUACCACUGAACAGGCUCUGUAUGUGAGCGACGACUCUCACGAAUGGCACCGCGCGGAAUUUGGUGGACAUAAGGUCGAGAAGGAUGCAUAUACGCUGCUGGAGAGUACAAACUAUAGUAUCCAGUUGGACGUGCAGACCACAUGGCACGAAAACCGCAUUGGUGUACUCUUUUCAUCCAAUUCGAACGGAACAUACUUCUCCCCCAACAUCGAACAUACUAAUCGUGACCUGAACGGACUGGUUGACUUCGAAAAGGUCGCUGACAUCCAAGGCAUUGUUAUUGUGAACACGGUCAGCAAUUGGGAGAAAGUCGAAGAGUCUGACACCGAAGAGAAAAAGCUCGUCACCAGUAUCAGUUUCGACGAUGGUAGAACUUUCCAGUCACUCAAGGUGGAAGGUGACCGACUGCAUCUGCACUCCAUGACUACCUAUGACUCUUUGCGUAAGUUGAGCUCUUUGGGCCGCAUGUUCUCUAGUCCCGCACCGGGCUUAGUGAUGGGCGUGGGGAAUACGGGUGAUCAUCUGAAGAAAUACUCCGAGGGUGACCUUUACGUCUCCGACGACGCAGGUCUACACUGGCGGAAAGCACUGAAGGGCCCGCAUCGAUUCGAGUUUGGUGAUCAGGGUGGCGUGAUUGUGGCUGUCAGUGAUGACGGGGAGACCAAAAAGGUUCAGUACUCGAUCGACCAUGGCAAGGAAUGGGAGGAUAUCGAGCUGAAGCACAAGAUCAAAACUUCUUUCCUGACGACAACACCGGAUUCGACGAGCCUGAAGUUCUUGCUCGUGGGCCAGAAGAGCGAUGGCAAUGGAGAUCUCAUCUAUUCCAUCAACUUUGAGGGCCUUCAUGAGCGCAAGUGCACCAAGGACGACGUUGAGACAUGGCCUGCUCGUGUGGACGAGAAUGGCAAAGCAGACUGUCUGAUGGGCCAUAAGCAAUUCUUCCAACGCCGCAAAGCCAGUGCUGAUUGCUUCAUGAAGAACGAGUUCAAAAUGGACCCGCCCAUCUUUCAGAAAUGCAAAUGCUCGGCCGAGGACUUCGAGUGUGAUUACAAUUUCCAGCGCUCUGAAGAUGGCAAGGAGUGCUUGCCGGCGGUGUCUCUGACAGCUCCGGCGGGCAAGUGCAAGGACGCAAGUGACAAGUACACCGGCCCCUCGGGCUGGCGGCUCAUCCCCGGCAACGCUUGUGUUCGCGAUGGCGGCGAGAAUUUGGACAAGGAAAUCGAGCGGUCAUGUGGAAAUACCACCACCGGCUCUCCGGUCACUGAUGGCAAGGUCCAUGCAGGAAGGCCACAAGAGUUUGCCGCCUCCGACGCCGACUAUUUCUAUCUUGAACGGCAAGCAAGUAACUCUGGAGAUGAUGAGACCAUCUUCAUGCUCACCGACAAAUUGGAGAUGUCUGUCUCCCAUGACCAUGGCAAAACUUGGGAGCAGCCUGCCGCAUUCAAGGGUGAAAAGGUUAGAGAAAUGAUUCAGCACCCUCACUACACCGACGGCGCUUACUUUUUGACCACUUCCAAUAAUGUUUACUCGACUAUCGACCGCGGGUAUUCCUUCCGAAAAUUCAAGCAACCGACAACCUAUGUCCCAGCGACCAUGUCACCUCUCGCUUUUCAUGAAAAGUACAUGGAUUGGAUGAUCUGGGUUGGCAGCGAGACCUGUGAAGGUAAAGACUGCGUUCUUGAUGCCUACUUCAGCAAGAAUCGCGGCCACGAGUGGCAAUUGAUGCUUCGUGGGGUUGGUUCGUGUGUGUUUGCAUAUGACGACAAGCGUGAAAACAGCGAAGAGCUUGUCAUCUGUGAGCAAUAUGCCCAGGAGAACAGUAAGAACAACCGGCAGCUGGUCUCCAGUAACUCACUAGACAGCUGGGCGGAUAAGAAGCUGAUCGACGACAACAUCGCGCACUUUGUGACCAUGAAUGAUUUCAUUGUCGUGGCCACAUACCCGACCGAAAAGCACAAGUUCUUGAACGUCACCACUAGCCUGGAUGCCCGUGUUUUUGCCCAGGCGCAUUUCCCGUACAAUAUCGAUGUGGCUCAGUACACCGUUCUCCCAGGUUCCUCGUAUGCGUUGUUCCUGAUUGUGCAGCUCAGUACCAAGGAAGGUCACGCGUACGGCUCGUUGGUCAAGAGCAACAGCAACGGCACGUACUUUGUUCAAAGCUUGGAGGCGUUGAACAUGGAUGACCGAGGUUAUGUCGAUUUCGAAAAAAUGGCAGGGAUUGAGGGUGUCGCACUCGCCAAUGUCGUCCGGAACAGAGAGGACGUGGAUAAAAAGGGAGACGCCAAGAAGCUGGUCACCGUCAUCACUCACAAUGAUGGUGGCCAGUGGAUGCUAUUGCCACCCCCGACUCGCGAUGUCGAUGGUAAAAAGUAUGACUGCUCAGUCACCGAGGGUCAGGGCACCGAUCAAUGCGCACUGCACCUACAUAGUUAUACACAGCGACGGGACUGGCGGGAUACCUUCUACUCAGGAUCUGCCAUAGGUCUGAUGAUCGGGGUUGGCAACGUGGGUGACUCCCUAUCGGAUACCGUUGCCGAUGCCAAUACUUUCCUCAGUCGGGACGCCGGUAUCACCUGGAAAGAAAUCAAGAAAGGCCGCUUCAUGUUUGAGUACGGCGACGCUGGUUCAGUUAUUGUGCUUGUCCGGGAGCGCCAAUUGACCAACGUGGUCUACUACAGUGUCGACGAGGGCGAGUCCUGGAAAGAAUUCCAAUUUUCGGAAACCGAGAUGAUUAUCGACGACAUCUCGACCCUCCCCUCAGACACGUCCAAGAACUUCCUUUUGUGGUCCAAGUCUUCGAACAAGGUCACGACGAUCAAUCUUGACUUCAGUGGUAUUUGGGACCGUCAGUGCGAGCUGGAUGAAGUAAAUGGCCAGAGCAAUGACUACGAAUUAUGGACUCCUCGGCAUCCGGCUCAGGGGGAUAACUGUCUGUUUGGGCAUAUUGAACAAUACCAGCGCAAGAGGCCCGGGGCCGAAUGCUGGGUCAACUGGCGUGAUCCGCAUAUCCACCGAAUUGACGCCGGGAACUGCACCUGCACUCGUGCCGACUUUGAAUGCGACUACAACUACGAGAUUCAAAGUGACGGCAGCUGUGCCCUUGUACCCGGUCUUGCCCAGCCUGAUCACAGUUUGCAGUGCCAGGAGAACCCCGACCUGAUCGAGUACUGGGAGCCGACUGGCUACCGAAAGCUCCCGCAGACGACUUGCCAGAGUGGAGAUCAGGAUCUCGACCGACAGAUUGUCCGGGCCUGUCCCAACAAGGAGAAGGAGUUUGAAAAGAAGCAUGGCAUCAGCGGAGUGGGUCUCUUCUUUGCCAUUGUGAUCCCAAUCGCCGCCGCGACCGCAUUCGGGUACUUUGUCUUCACUCGCUGGGAUGGCAAAUUUGGGCAAAUUCGCUUGGGCGAGGGCUCCUCUUCGGGGUCUCGCGGUUGGUUCGACGGGGACUCCCCCUUGGUGGUUGUGCCUGUGGCCAUCAUCGCUGGAUUGGUGGCCGUGGCCCAGGCAUUACCACUGGUGGGUACUAGCCUGUGGCGGACUGUUACUGGAUUGAUGCGCCGUGGUCGGGGCUCUCGACCCUAUGCGACGCGUGGGUCCUUUGCUGCUCGUCGGGGCGAUUACUCGCAUGUGGUGGACGACGAGGAUGAACUGCUGGGCACGGAUGAAUUUGAGGAAGAAGAGGAGGCGUAG